AAAGUUUUACUUUUCGGACAGAAUAGUCAGUAACAUGUCUAAUCUACGGUUGCAUUAGUUUUUAGAUUUCAGACUCAACUAUAUAGUUUUUGAUGUAUAAUAAUGUUCUGAUAUAAAAUGUGUUGAUUAAAAUUUUUAACAAAUGUAGUGUGAUAUUCUUGUUUAUUAUUUUCACCUAUUUAAGUUAACAUCAAUGUUGUAAAUAAUUGUGAAAAUGCCUGGAAUAAGAAAAUAUCGACGUGACACCACCGAAGUUAGCUGUUGUUUGAAAUAUGUGAUUUUUGGUGUUAAUAUAUUGUUUUGGUUUUUGGGUCUUAUUAUCCUGGCUGUUGGAGUUUGGGCAUGGACUGAAAAAGAUACUUUCAACAAUUUGUCACGCUUGACAAAUAUUGCUUUAGACCCAGCUUUUAUAUUGAUAUGUGUUGGUACAAUAACUUUUAUAAUCGGUUUCACUGGCUGUGUGGGUGCUCUGCGUGAGAAUACAUGCUUGUUGGCCUGUUAUGCCGUAUUCCUUGCACUUCUUCUAUUGGCCGAAAUGACAGCUGGGAUAUUGUUCUUUGUUUUCAAGGACUGGAUAAAGCAACAAGCCACAAGUGGAUUCCAGACAUUCAUAACACAUUACCGAGAAGAUCCUGACCAACAAAAUUUGAUUGAUUGGAUCCAAGAGGAUUGGUUACAAUGUUGCGGAGUGGAAGGUCCCCGGGAUUGGGAUCGGAACGCUUACUUUAACUGUUCGAGCGGCGCGGUGGGGUCUCGGGAGGCCUGCGGGGUCCCGUUCAGCUGUUGUCGGACGAAACCGUCGGACAUCAUACGGAACAAGCAGUGCGGAUAUGACGUCAGGAAGCCGACCUAUCAACCAAGCGAUCGAGUAAUACAUGAACGUGGUUGUCUCGUAGCGGCGGAGGACUGGACUGACAAACAUUUCCCGCUGUACGCCCUCAUCGUACUUGGACCAAUGGUUUUUAAGAGCCUUGACAUAGCUAAGAUAAUACAUGACAAGGGUUGUCUUGAGGCUGCGGAGGAAUGGUUUGAUCACAACCUUUUGAUAGUAGCAACGUCAGCUGUAUGUGCCGCUUUUGCACAUAUACUUGGUAUAUGCUUCGCACAGAACCUCCGGGCGGACAUAUUCGCCCAGAAAGCCAAAUGGCAUUGACAAUCAGCCUCUCCUGCCGCAGUGUGAAGACACACAAUCGACCCUAAGCUUCUGCCCCUCGGCCUUUUUGACCUUUGUCCAUGUUGCCUUCCAAUAUAUUCCAAGUGAGGUCAAAGGUUACUCCUCCACCUAAUUCUACAAGAUUUAGUACAGUAUUCAAUUUCAUAUUUUCCUGCUGUGUACUCUAGAAUAUAUAUAUUAGUGUAUUCAUUUGUAUAUUUUUACUAUGAUAUUAUUAUUUUUUUUUAUUGUUUUAAUUCCUGUAUUAGGAAGCAUUCAGUAUUACAAUCUGUUAGUGUCCGUGAGUCUCUGGAUAUAAUCUCAUACAUUAGUCACAUAUUACUAUAAUAUAUUUAUGUACUUACAAUUAAGCAUUUUUUUGAUACUGCCAAUCAUAAUGUCUGAUAUUGUUUGAAUUAAUAAAGUGAUGAUGUUUAAAUUUAUGUGACAUACAUGUUAUUAUCUCUACGGCUUCCUUAAUAAAUGUCCAUCUUUGUCUUUGAUAACCGAACUCUAUUGAAGCAUGGUUGUUGAUGCAGAAUUGUUAGAAUUUUUUCAAUGGAUGUCAUCAGCUGUAAUAAAAAUUGUGAUCAGAAUACGUUGCUCUGAUAAAUAAUAUACAUAUAUAUUAUUAUAGUUGAUGAGCAUCUAUAUGUGAAUUGAAGCCGAAUAAGCCUUGAUGGGAGCUGUGAGAUGAAUUUAGUAUUAUAGAGAUAUAUUUAUACAUGUUGUUGUCUAAUAAAUUAGUAUAACCAUCCAUUCUAGGGUUGUCACAGCAUAGAUUUUAUUCAAUUCCAGCCAUUUCGAUAAGUAUUGUUACAAUGUUAUAAGUACAGUAGCUAUUAAAUACGAAAAAAAGCUUUCUCAAAUCAUGCUGUAAUAGAAGUUUUAUAUAGGGUGUGUUAAUUGUGACAACCAAAAUUACUUUGCCUUAAACAAUUUUGGUAGAAUUAAGCGUUGUAAAGGUGAUAAGAAUUUGAGGGAAGCGUUUUAGCGGAGCUUUAAGGGGUCGAAUGAUAGCUGCAGGAGAGUAAUGGGGACAAUAUUAGUUAUAAGUGAGGUAAAUUAUAAGUAAUACUCAUUUUGUAACUAUUUAUAUUUUGUCAUGGGAGUUAUUUAUGAUUCAUAUGUAUCGCACAAAUUAAGUAGUUGUGUUAUAAUAGCUUAAGAUGUUUCUCAUUUGCAUAAUAUAUUUUAAGCUGUUGGUAAAAUUUAUGGGCAUAGCUGUUGAAACACUGCGUUAAUGGAUUUGGAUUUGUAUUUUAUAAUGAUUAUAGUGAGAAUAUAUCUUUAUUAGUGAUGUGCCGGAUUGUUUAAUGUCUGUGUAUAGGCUUGAAUAAGAAGUUUCGAGACGAUAGUAAUUAAUUGACGUUUUGAGGCUCUCCGAAGGCUGCUUUCUUUAGCCACGGAUAUCUGCGGAAAAAGCUAUCGAUAUCCGGCACAUCACUAAUUUUUAUAUUUAUCAUUAAAAUAGAUCGAUUUUAUUUGAUAUCUUUUUAGAGGUAGUCUAUUAAUGACAAUUGAUAUUUAAUGUCCAUAUUAUGCCUUCAAUAAUUAUUUGCAAAUUCCUUGAAAGACAAUAAUGUUGACGUAAUUAUAUAUUAGGUCUUUUCUGUCCUUUUAAAGACACUGCCUUACAGUAUUCUUUUUUUUUAUCUGUCCUAGCUUUAUAUUGAAUUUUUAUAUAAAUUAGUUGAUAUAUUUUUGAUUAUUAUACUAUAGCUUCUAUUAAUAAGUGAAUGUUGUCGAGAUUACAAUAUAUUUUGCUUCUACAAAUAUAUAGACAUUUUUUAAUGAUAUAUAUAUUUCCACGUGAAAGUUGCUUUUUGUAUUCGUGUGGAGCUAUUUUAGUGGUAAUAAGUUCAUUAAAAUGUAACAUUGCUUUAGACUAUUGUAUUAUAGUUUGGAAUUGAAAUUAUUUUAUGUAAGAUUAAUAUUUUGUACUCGAAUAAAUAAUUAACGCUGC